CGGCGUGCCAGCCUAGCCACUCUAGCGACGGCGGGGAAGAGUGUGUACGUGGUGGGGGCUUCCUCGGUGGCGGGCAUGGAGGCUUCGCGCUGCCGGCUCGGUCUCAGCGGCGACAGUGUCUUCCACGAAGAAAUGAUGAAGAUGCGACAGGCUAAGCUGGAUUAUCAGAGGCUAUUACUUGAGAAGAGGCAAAGGAAAAAGCGCCUUGAGCCAUUUAUGGUGCAGCCCAAUCCAGAAGCCAGGCUACGUCGGGCGAAGCCAAGGGCCAGUGAUGAGCAGACUCCCUUGGUGAACUGUCAUACUCCCCGCAGCAAUGUCAUCUUACAUGGUAUUGAUGGUCCAGCUGCUGUCCUGAAAACAGAUGAAGUUCAUGGUCCAUCAGUAAGCUCCCCUGUUUUGGACGAAGAUGCUGAAAACACCGUGGAUACUGCUUCCAAGCCAGGACUUCAGGAGCGUCUCCAAAAGCAUGAUAUCUCUGAAAGUGUGAACUUCGAUGAGGAGGCUGAUGGAAGAUCCCAGUCAGCAUGUUUAGAAAGACCCAGUUCUGCAUCCAGCCAGAAUUCAACCGAUACAGGCACUUCCGGUUCUGCUACUGCAGCCCAACCAGCUGAUAACCUCCUGGGAGACAUAGACGACCUGGAGGACUUUGUGUAUAGUCCUGCCCCUCAAGGUGUCACAGUAAGAUGUCGGAUAAUCCGGGAUAAAAAGGGAAUGGAUCGGGGCCUCUUCCCCACCUACUAUAUGUACUUGGAAAAAGAAGAAAAUCAGAAGAUAUUUCUUCUUGCAGCUAGAAAGCGGAAAAAGAGCAAAACAGCCAACUACCUUAUCUCCACUGAUCCAGUUGAUUUAUCUCGUGAAGGAGAAAGUUAUGUCGGCAAGCUUAGAUCCAACCUCAUGGGGACCAAGUUUACAGUUUAUGACCGCGGUAUUUGCCCCAUCAAGGGCCGGGGUCUUGUAGGAGCGGCCCACGCCCGGCAGGAGCUGGCUGCCAUCUCCUAUGAAACGAACGUACUCGGAUUUAAGGGUCCUAGGAAAAUGUCUGUGAUCAUUCCUGGAAUGACACUGAAUCAUAAGCAGAUCCCAUAUCAGCCACGAAACAACCAUGACAGUUUGCUAUCAAGGUGGCAGAACAAAACUAUGGAAAAUCUGAUUGAACUGCACAACAAGGCCCCCGUCUGGAACAGUGACACUCAGUCCUAUGUCCUCAACUUUCGUGGCCGGGUCACUCAGGCAUCUGUGAAGAACUUCCAGAUAGUCCACAAAAAUGACCCUGAUUAUAUAGUCAUGCAGUUUGGACGUGUGGCAGAUGACGUGUUCACACUGGACUACAACUACCCACUUUGUGCAGUACAGGCCUUUGGCAUCGGUCUUUCUAGCUUUGACAAAUGUAUCCAAACCUUGAGAAUGCAGGAGCUCUGUGAGCUCCACUGUCGGCACCAUUCAGCCGCAGCCCUUGCGCACAGAACUGUUUGCCAGCGUUGGGUGGGACACCCAUGGCAGCUGCUCCCUCAGACUUCCCUUCUGUGGACUGACCUCUCACCUCUGCCUGUUGUUCCUGCACCACGUCAGAUAAGCAUGUGAAGGAGAGCCAACUGGGAGCUGCGGGACCCUCGGCUUGUCCCCCACCGACAAGUCCCACCUGCUGGGUGAGGACGAGACUGUUUCCAUCUCAGGCAUGUUUCCCACCAAGUGCCUCCCUCACAGCUGUGCCCAGAAGCCUCACACCUUGUCACCACCACCACCCCCGACCCCACCCUGAGGCACUGCCUGGCAGAUCACCCUGGUUGACCACAGAAGCUAUUAAUACACGACAGCAUCUGGGGAAGGACUUAUGGUGGGCCAGGUGGACCUCAUCCUGCUUCCUCCUCCCUCUGGUUUAAAGAGAUAUAUAAACUAAUUUCACAUAAUUUGUGUGUGCAGGUGAUUGGUUUUUACAUAAGUCCUAUUUAUACCUUUUAUAUGUUACAGAAAUAAAAGUUAAUUUAUAUACAAA